GUGUAUUUUGUGUACUACAGUGUAAAUACUGAAAAAUAAUUAAAGAAGUUAUAUGGGUGACGGUGAGGAAUGGGUGCUGAGAUUGUUGGAGUUUAUGCUUCUCCACCUUUGUUUGUACUUCAUUCAACUUUCAGAUAUAAUUCUUGAUUGAGAGGAAGGAAUGAACAUUAUUUCUGUUUGUCACUUAGGCUUUUUAUAAGAAUUUGGCUGUUCUUCUAAGGACAGAGAAAAAAAAACAAAAAAAACAUUUGUCUGCUGUUUUGGGGUUGUGGUGCAUGUGACUUUUGAAGAUUCUUUCUCCUUUUCAUGUGUUGCAACUGACAGCACCACAGCUCUUUGUCACUAGCCUGUAACCCAGCUAUUUACUUGUGACCUACAUUGUGUAAAAUGCGUAACUCUUCCCCAGACAUUACCAGUACAAGUAGGAUCAUUUUAGCCGCCAUUCCAGGGAGGAGCUCACAAGAGGCAGCUUGUGUAAACAGGGUUGUUGCAUUUGUUUCAUUUCACCUGUAUUAAAAUGGAGAGAUGAUAAAACUCACAAGCCUUGGCUUUACUUACCGUUGAGCAAGAGAUUGACAUUUUUCUGAUACACAUGUUGUAUUCUAUACUUGAAAGGAAAUUGCUGAUGUCCUGUUGUUAACAAUCCUACAAAAUUAGACCAUGCAAAUACAUUGUUUUAAUUUUUGCUUUCAUAGGGGAAAMAAAAUCUAUGAAAAAAUGUUUCCAUAUUUUUAGAACUGAUCUGAUGUUUUACUGUAUGAAAUUCUCAUAUGUUUUCUUUAUGCUUUGCAGGUCAUAGUUGACUAAUGAAUCRCUUAGUGAGACAGGUCUUUUUGUUUGUCGUAUUUUCAAAGUUCAAUUCUGCUGAUUUCUGAAGUUUACGGCUGUGUAGCUCAGGUAACAGGCAGUUUUAAAUUGGGGGGGUAUUAUAUGAAAUAGAUGUUUUUUAGCUUUGUAUCAUGCUACAAUGUUAUUCCGCCAUUGAAAGCAUAAUUAUAUACCCUAUAUUUAUGAAUCUUUGAAUCUCCUGUAUUGGCCAUUCAGGGAUGCUUACUCAUACAAAGCGCCUCCUAUUUCUACACGACUCCUCUGUGGAGCUGAAAUCUCCGGCCAAACUUCCUCCUCAGAGAUCACCCCUCCCCCACGCCUUCCCCACAGAGUUCCACCAGACUAGCAGCAGCAAUUAGCAAAUACCUGGUGGUGAGUCUGCUGAGUUCAUCAGACAAACUACGUCUYGGUCCAACUCUCUUAAGGACAGUAGCAAGUGGCGCAGUGAAGGAGAAUUUCUGUGAAGACUUACUGAAGGGGGAGGGUCAGAAAGAUCAGGGGCUUCAGACACAGAGGCCAAAUAUCAAGACGUCAAAUUUCUUUGAAGUUAUUUUUGAUAUAAACARCAUUUUUUUWUAWAUAAAUACURAAGGUAAUUUUGGUUCAUGCAAUAAAAUGUGGAAAAUAGAAAAUGCUGCCCCUUUAGAGCUUUGAUUAGUUUUCUUGUUUAUUAGUAACGAGUUCACAGUGGAUCCUGGUCCAUCCACUGUAAACUAUUAUUGGUUUGUAAUUAUGUUCAAUAUGCAAUUUUCUGCAUUUUUCUUUGCAUUUAUGACUCACUUUACGUCGAAUGAGAGGCGGCUCAAUUUCUAAAUGCAUUAGAAUAUGCAAAUCAUCUUGAUCCUACUUGGUCAUGUUGAAUCGCUUUAAAAGUGCAUUCUUUUAAAAUGAAUAAUGUGGUUAAUCACAUUUUUUUAUUAUGUUUGAAAUUUCUUAGUUAUAUCUAGCAUUGAUAAACCUAAACUGAGCAGACAUUUUUAAAUAUAUGACAUAUCUUUUCUGAAAAAUAGAAAGAAAGAUGCUCUAUUUAGUCACCUAGCCACUAUUUACUGGUGUAGUCAGGGACAGAUGGAAACUGUGUGUAAACUUUUAGCUACGGGGUUUUGUCAUUAUUUGUUUUUCUCAAACUGGUUUGUCAGUAAAGCCAUGGCAAAACAACACUCAGUUUAACCACUAACUAGGCCAGGGUACUGCUUCCAAGUUAUACUGACCUGCGUAAAAACACCAAUUAAAAUGCAUCUUGUGCUUUCUUUCCUCAUGUUGCCAUAAACUCAUCAACCAUAGCAGAUGGUGAAAAUAAGAAGUGCAAGUGUCUCAACACAAAACGUCUAUAGAUUUCAAUCACAUUCUUGUUUUUCUGCUGGGAGCAAUAGUGAGGAUAAGAAGCUGCUUUCAUGGCCUAUUUGUGAAUUAUUCAGAAGUCAACCAUGCUCACAGAAUCUAGUUUCUUUUUUUGUCAUCAGGCUUGACUAUCAGAUGACCACAGAACCCUUGCAGCUGACAGGACACCUGACACACCCUCUGAAAGAGUCCCUCGUAACGUAUCUUUAUAAUGCUUCACAAAGGGCUGGUGAGAUAAAAAACUGUUUUGUUCCUGAUUGUAGGCUUGCUCUAGUAUGUUAUCAGCAACAAUAAUGGCAGCCUCACAGUGGAGAGUGGCAUGUUUCACGUAUGACAGAAAUACAUGUUUGCAUCCAGUGGAAAUAAAUGGCACUGUCAGUUUUCACAAUGGAAAAUCUUCUGAUUGUGUUUCUCAUGGCCACCUGACAGCUCUGUUUUUGUAUUGCCGUUUAUCUUUUUUGUGGCCUACCUUUCUUUCUUUGGGCUUAUUUCCAGAAAUAGUMAUUUAGGAGACUUUGCAGGCACAAGGAAGAACCUUUGCUCUUUGUCAUAGCUAUGCAAACAGAUGUAUCCUGGUUAUUAACCAUUUGCUAGAUGCUCCGAUCAUACCUCUCCACCCCUUAUUCAAACUAGACUUUGCUACUGCAGCUCUAAACAAAGUAGGAAGUUAAAGAAAUGUUAUGCAUGAUAAUGUAUUUGAUACAUUUUUCAGCAAAUUAUAAGCCAGUCCACUCCUUGACAUGUUUGAUUUGCUGCAGCAUUGCAGCAUGGACACAAAAACCUUUUUUUUUAAAGGUAUCAUUGAUCUGAAUAUGUAAAUAGAAUUUAAAUGGUUUUAAGAAAAACAAGAGUGAGUCAGCAAACCAAAUAUUUGGAUACUCUGUGGAUAGUAAAAGAAACAGCAUCUACAGGUGGUGUAUGAACGUGCCCCGCCUCUCCAGAGCAAGGGAUGCAAAUAGCUACUCUAAGGCUAUCAUUUUACACUUGAUCCUUUGGGCAAAGAGGCGUAGUCAUUGGAUCACAGCAGCUCUUUUACAAUGGAAACCAGACAGCUUCAUACAGCUGAGGCAUUUAGACAAUAGCUGAAAGGUUCAUUCAACCAACGUUUGCUGUCUUAUUAUUUUUUUUUUUUCAGCUAUGCCUAUCGCAGACCUUCUCGGAGUCCACUUCGACAUGCAGCUGCUGGUGAAACUUAGUUUCUCUGCUGCUGCAGUGCUGCUGGUUUCUUGGGCCUACAGAUUCUACAGAUCCAGAGACGUGAGGAAAAUUAAACCCUGUGGCAAAAAAAACAGAGAGACAGAAAAUUCUGCCAGCCACGACUACAAGAGGACACAGCAGCAUCUCUGUUUUCAAGACAAGGACGAUGAUGCCAAGCAAGACUUAGUGACUAAUGACUUGGAAUUCAACAGCACCAAGGGAAUACUUAAUAAAUCUCAUUCACACCAAGUUGAAAAGAGUAAGAGUGUAUUUAGUCAUUUAAAUAAUGAUCAAAAUAAAUACACGGGGAAGGAGAUGCUUUAUCGGGACCAACCAACUGUUUGCCCAAGUAAUAUUUCAAUUGGAUCUACUUUGAAGAUACAUGAUCCAACAGAUUAUGGGAUGGCAGCUAUUACUGGACGUCGCUCUCCUUGCCGUUUGAAGAAGCUAGAUGGUGGCGUGGGUGUGAGCAGAGAGUUGAGACAGGACUUGGAGCACCAGGGGGUCUACUCCAGCUUCCUCUCUAAGGCGGAGAUCAAAGUAGAAGAUGCCAAAGUAGUACUGGAAGGAUCAGGAGACAAGACUGUGAGUGGAAAAAUAUAUGACUAUUAUGUUGAAUCUUCCUCUCACUCAAUAACAGAUUCAAAAUCUUUGCUUGCCCAGUAUGAGCGGAACACUGUGUCGAAGAAGAAGUAUGGAACAGAGGACACCAGCUUCAUUGAUGCUCCUGUAAGUCCUAUCGUUAUGCGUGAUUUGGUUCUUCCACAAAGUGAUGUUGUGGAAGAUUCCUUGCAAGGACGCCUGAGGCACCCUGAAAAGCCUUCACUCCUACGCAAGGAGAGCUAUAUGUCUGCAGCAGAACAGUCUGAACCUUCCAUCCACUUUCAGAUUUCAACAUACUCAAGCCCAGUGACUCACCAUGGGGUCUCAGCAGAUAAAGAGACCAUCUAUCUUCAAAAAUCAACAGAUAAAGUACGUAAUGUGAAGGAGGCGACUGAUGUAGAGACUGUCGGAGGUGGUUCAUUCUCGGGUCUUCCAGCAGAAAUAUUCCUCAGCACAGAUUUCGAAAUUUUGAAAAGUAAACUUAAUCUUGGAAACUGUUUAGAGAUACUUCAUCUUGCCAAGAAAAAGGGGCAAAAAUCCAUUCAGCAAGCAGCCUUGGAGGUCAUGUCAGACAACUACCUACAGGUUCUUCGGGACCCCAACCUUUAUGGACGGCUAAUGGCUGAUGAGCGGGAACGGAUUCGGAAGCAGAGAAUGAGAGCAAGAAGGUUUGUCAUAGUUGCAGAUAUGGACCCUCAAGACUGUUUCAGAAACACAGCAGCACAGAGAACAACAUCAGAACAGAGGAGCACAUCCAGUGCAAUGUACUUUUAUGAUGACUACAAAGAUGUCUGGCAUUCUCUUUGCCCGAUCCCUCAGGAGGUCAUUUCUAAAGCCUGUGCUAUGUGCACAAUGGAUAACUACUUAUUUGUGGCAGUAGGUUGUCAAGGCAGUGACAGAGAAAUGACACCCUCAAAGAGAGUGUUUUGCUACAAUCCUUUGACAUCCAUUUGGAAGGAGAUCAGUCCUAUGAAUGAAGCCAGGCCCCGCUGCAAACUGGCAGCACUGGAUGGCUACAUCUAUGCCAUCGGAGGGGAGUGUCUCUCCUCUGUGGAGCGCUAUGACCCACGACAGGACAGAUGGACAUUUGUGGCUCCACUGCCUAAUGAUACCUUUGCUGUUGCACAUCAUGUGACUGUGGGCAGUGGAGAGCUCUUUGUUUCUGGGGGGACUCUUAGAUAUAUUUUACUUCGCUACAACCCCAAAACCAACACCUGGAGGCCAAGUCUCAUAGUAGGCAGYAAAGAUAGAUCUAUAGAUAUGGUUGCUGUGGGAAGAUUUCUCUACAGAUUUGACAUUAACCCAUUGCUGGGAGUCAGUGUGUUCCGCUACCAUACGGUGGCACGGCUUUGGUAUGAGUGCAGCGCCAAGCGAAUGCUGCGCUGCCCGGCCUUCCAGUGUGUCGCAAUGGAUGGCACAGUUUACUGUCUCAGCCGACACUUCACCAUGAGAUUUGACGCCGAUGAGAUCUCUCCUGCUUUUGCAGAUGAGGAGUUGAGUGUCCUCUCUGAGGCAAAGGGYUUACUCUUCCCCUUUAUCCUUUCACUACCUGAUAAGAAUCCUCGACAGACAAGUGUGUAAAAAGGACUAAGCUUUUUUUGCUGAUAAGAUUUGAUAGUAACUGAGUACUUGUGCGAGAGAAAUUACAUUAGCGUAAUAACUGACUGGGUGGAUUUUAUUGUCUUAAAAAAAAAAUCACACAAACUGGUAAGCCAUUUAUUUGAAACAUUAUUGCUAUACUCUCUUCAUAAAACUACUGCACAUCAGUUUAAUAAACAACUUUAUUUUGUUUUUUGGACUACAAAGAUGUGUUGUUUGCUAUGUUCUAUCCUUGGCAGUAGAUAUAAAAGAUUAGACUUUUAAUGAUAGUCAAAUUACUAUUUGCUUAGAUUUACACAGGAAUUGCUGCCAUGUUAAUUGUUUGCUGCUUUGAUUUGCCACUUCUUCCUCCCAUUCUGGUAGUUUAAUGCCAUCCCAGAUGCCUAACCUCUUUUCAGUAAAAGGUAAUUCAUAAAAACAAUCUAGAGUAAAUUAGUUAUUCAAAUUUGAACACUCAGAGUUUGUGCAAUAAACUGAUAAUUUACCUCUGUGCUCAUCUGUGUGAGUCAUGAGUAUAGCUUAUGCAGUGGUCUGGAUAUAAUGCUAUUAUCUAAAGCUGCUCUUUAAGGAAAUGACAGAUUGUAAAUGGGUAUGCCAUGAGAAUGAAUGGUUAGCUUCAAAAACAUUUCACAUUUUAAUCUCUGCAGCAUUUACAUUUGUGCAGGUAUUUGUUAACRCUUUAAUAAUUCUUUCAUGACAAAAAAUGCUUUAUCAACUCAUUGAGUGGAAUCAUUUUCUUGUAACAGUCGGACAUAUUUACCCUGUAAUCUAUUUUUAUAAACAUCAAAUAAAAAUACAAAUGUAUCUCUCAC